AUGAAGUUCGCCAACGUUGCCCUUGCCAUGGCCACUGCCGCCAUCGCCGCCCCUGCCACCGACAUUGAGACUCGCGGUGACCGCAACAGCUGCGACAAGUAUCGCGGCAAUGACCACGACCACCACGACUGGAACAACUACAACAGCCAUGGCAAGCACCGCAACCGCCACGACCUUGACCGCUACCGCCAGCGCAACGGCUAUGGUCGUCACCACGGCAAGAAGCAGUUCUGCAACAACUGGAUCCCCGUUGACAAGGAUCUCGUUGCCCUUGACAUCGAUGCUGACAUCUGCCUCAACAUCAACAUCCCUGGUGUCCUCAAGGUUGACCUCGAUGUCGAUCUCGAGAUUGACCUCGACCUCUUGGUCACCAACUACCCCAACUACAAGGGUCUCUACUGCUGCCCCGACCGAAAGUGCAAGAAGGGCAAGAAGAUCCAGAAGGACAACUGCUGGGAGCACGAGUGGGACGCCAAGUACAAGAACCGAAAGGGUGGCCGAUACUAA